UUCAGCACAGGUGUGCACAAAGAGCUUCUCUGCUUCUAUUCGCCCUACUAUGCAGCUGCCUUGAAAGGCCAGUUCGCCGAGAGCCGUCAAGACUCGUUCACUCUCGAACUCGACCACAGACAGACUCAGGUCUUUGUAGAAUGGCUCUACACUGGACGCGUCGAAGAGCCGGAAGAUGUGCUGCAGCUCUAUAUGUUUGCAGACCAAAAGAAGUUACUGGCCCUCCGCAGAUCCAUCAUGUCAAAAAUCGUGUAUUCCUCAGUAAUCGAGAAGCACGACGGAACCCCAUACAUCGGACACCUGUCAGAAGGCUGCGGUCUAUUCCGCUACAUGGCAGAUCUUUGGGCUAGCGAAUGGCGUGGUGUCAGAGCAUCCUACGUGGUGCAAACAUUGAACGAGUAUCAAGGCAUUCCUAGGGUGUUUCUCUACGAAGUAAUGAGAAAGCUUGCUACUAUACAUGAUCAGAAGGAAUCGGAAGUCGCCAUUCCAAAUCCAUGCAACUACCACGAACAUGAAGACGACUCCGAAUGGCAUACUAGUAGGUCGAAACCCUGUCCGAACUGA